CCUGGCAAUGCUCUCGAUCUAAUAUUAUCGUUACGCAGGAAUUAGCUGUAUUCACAUGUUUGGCAGCCAAAAAGAAGCGCGUAGAAAAUUCUGCAUCUUUCAUCCAAAACGUUGAGUAACGAUACACUCGGAAAAGAACUCUCCUUGACAACGCAAUGCUUUUAACCGUCAUUAAAAUGUACCCACUUGCUCGUUUAUGUAAGCCCAACAUGUUCUUAUACUGCAGAUAUUACAGAGCUCGAAGUCAAAGAUGUCCGCGGAAUUAUUACGAGACGCUACGCAUUUCGCCCAAUUCUUCGCAAAAGGAGAUUCGUCAGGCCUUUCUAAAGCUCUCUAAGGAAUUACAUCCCGAUGCAACUGGUAAAAGCAAUCACAACGAUUUUGUAGAAAUAAACGAAGCUUACAGAAUCUUAAGUAAAGAAAAUACAAAGAGGCAAUACGAUAUGCAACCGAAGUGCCAGAAUUCUGGAGUGGGUGGUUCUCCGCACAAAGUAGUAUAUGCCAAUCCUUACCAAUGGGAAGUCGAGGCAGAAGAUACGAAUCCAGUGGAUUACGAAAAUAACUAUUAUGGAUUUAGAGGAAUUAAGAAAAUGAGGAACGUGACGAUUGCCCUCGUGUGUCUUGUGGUAUCGUCAUUUGGGUCUGCAUUUCUAUUUCUUUUCAUAUUAAAAAAAGCGCACGCGGAGGAAAAAUUAGCAAUGAAGAAGAGCGCUCGAUACAAAAAAGAGUUUAGGAACAAGAAGUAUCUCAGUAGUGUGCAAGAGACCAAGCCCAUAGAAUAAUAUGGAAAAUAUGAUUAUUUAG